CUGUGUCCGUCUUCAUCGUCUUUGCGCCGUUGCUGUGCCACUCGAUAUUGUUAACUCGCCUCUCUGCACUCUACCCCGUCUCCGGUACACGACUGGUUACUUUGUUGAAGUUGUUUGCAUUCCUCUUCUGCGUCAAAUGUGCGAGUGGUAGUUCUCGUGCAUUACUUAGUCGACAUUUAAGCCCAUGCAUGGUGCCUCGAUCGCAGACUCGACCUCCGUGUCCGUAUAAAUUUGAUGAACCGCUGUGGGCAGUAUGUUUCCCUACACCUUGGCAGGCAGACUGAAACGAAGGGUAUUUCUCGGCAUGCAGAAGGCGCAAUACCAGCCCAUAUCUACCGAAUCUUUUACAUUUCCGCCACCAAUUUCGUUUUACUCCUCAUCUUCAACAUAGCAAUCCUUAUCAUGAUUAAUGCUGCGAAUAUUCAGCUUGCCCUCGCCAACGCGCUGCUAUGGUUGACCAACAGCUACGUAUCUGUCAUUGGUGUAUCAUGCGCAACGCUCCGGUUUUCAGGAUCGGAGUGGCUUAGGGCUCGCAAUGAACCAUUAUCUAGUGACAUGUUCUCACCCAAAUCGAACUUGCACAGGAUGCGUGACUGGAACCGUGAGGGUGAAAAGGCAGUAGUUGGAAAGUGGUUUGCCACGCCUCACAUGGCAGACUUGGGACGCUGGGCCUGCAACGCAUUGCAAGCAACCCACCAUACUGGCGGAAGAGGAUGAAUACCACACGGUGUGAUCCCUAACCCCUCUGAAGUGAGAACCGCAUUACAAUUUCAUCCUAGUUCUAUUAUGUGUUCUUACCAGUGUACUCGCAUUACGACACCUCUUGAAAUGGUGUGUUGCUUUGUAUACUGGGCU